CCUUAAAAUUUAAAUUCAUAGUCAAUAAGUCAAGUCAAUAGUCUAUAUACUUUUAUCUCUAUUUUCUGAACAAAUAUACCUUGCGGUAUUACACACAAAACAUAUAAUAGAUAUUACAUUUAGUGUUGAAUAAGAGCAAAUCAUGAUGAAACUCUUCCGAGCUGCUCUUAUACAGUCUAGGGUGGGUAAAGAUCGCACAAAAAACCUAGAAAAUGCCGCUAGAUUGAUAGCAGAAGCUAAAAAAGGGGGUGCACAACUUGUAGCGCUUCCGGAGUGUUUUAAUUCGCCGUAUGGCACUAAAUUUUUCAAUGAAUAUGCAGAACCUGUACCAAACGGCCCAACAUGUGAAAUGCUAUCGAAAGCGGCAAGAGAUCAUUCUAUAUAUUUGGUUGGAGGAACUUUCCCGGAAGUAGAAAAUAAUAAAUUUUACAAUACUUGCACUGUGUGGAACCCUGAAGGUAAGCUACUCGCUAAAUACCGAAAGAUGCAUUUAUUUGACAUCGAUAUACCUGGCGGGAUAACUUUUAAAGAGUCCGAUGUUCUGCACGCAGGAAACGAAUUGGUUACCUUCGAUUUUGAAGGUAUCAAAGUCGGUCUAGGUAUUUGCUACGACUUGAGAUUCGAAGAACUAGCAAAACUGUACAGGCUACAGGGUUGUGAAUUGUUAAUAUAUCCUGGAGCCUUCAAUAUGACCACGGGCCCCAUUCACUGGGAGAUUCUUCAGAGGGCCCGUGCGCUCGAUAACCAAGUAUAUGUAUUUGCUAUCAGUCCUGCUAGGAACGAACAGGGUUACAUCGCUUGGGGCCACUCACAGGUGACUGAUCCGUGGGGAAAAGUUACAACGCAAGCGGGACAUGAAGAAGAAAUUAUUUACGAUGACAUACAACUUGAAAAAUGUCAUAAUAUUAGAGAGCAAAUUCCUAUUUUUAAACAGAGGAGGACCGAUAUCUACGACACCAUCAAAAAGUGCAAAUAGUAGAUGAAGGUAGAUAAAUGGUUAAAAAUUUGUAUCAAAUAUUAUAUUGCUAUUUUUAUACUGCAUACCUUAAGUAUAUUGGGGAUUUGCCAUAAUUUACUCAUGAAAACACUGAUUUGGUGUAUAUUCGUGUUCAACUAGAGCUAUAAUACUUGUAUAUUAAAGUACUGUAAAUAAUUAUGUAUAUUUUACGCAUUUAUAAGUUGUACGUAAAGUAAAAAUGUCGGUAGAAGUAGGAGAAUCAUGCAAUAUUCUUUUAUACGUUGCAAAAGUGGUAAAUAAAAUUUAAAUAUUGAAACACUGUCUUAUAAAUGUCACUUGCGUGUCAGAAAUGAACCUUCAAAAUCAUUAGUGAAAUUUAAAUUGCACAGUAAGAUGGAUUUAAGGAAAUAAAAUGGAACCAUUUAGUAACGGAAACAGGAUUAAGACUCUUUGAGAAUAUCUAUGGCUCUGAGCACCUUGGAGUCUAUCCUGCUGACGUUUGCAAUAGUGGGCAGCGUACAUUUGUUAGUGACAGUUCUGCAGAAACUGGACACGCAAGACGGCACCGAUUAUGGAGAGAUAAUGAAGGAUCUCGCCAAACAAGAAUUCUUUCGUCACAACAAAGUACUUCUAUCUUCGCAUAAAUGCCCUUACUUUCAUUAAGUAACAUUAACAGAAACAAAUAUAUGCGUGAUGUUCCAGAACGUGCUAUAUCAAAAAAAUGUAAAAGAAAUUUAUAUAUCAAGACAAUUUACUAAACUUCACGUUAUGGUUUCAAGUUUAAAUGUAAAUUUUAUGAGAAUAAAAGACAUAAUAUGAA